CAGCUCUUGUCAUAAAUGGAUAUGCUAUUGCAGCUUUCAUUUUAUUGGCCGUCCUCAUUGGUUUGACAAUCUGUAUAAUCCGAAAGAAAAGAUUAGCCAGGGAGGUUGAGGAGGGCGACUUAGACAAUGUACCGGGAAUGCCAACUAGAUUUCCAUUUGAAGAUUUAAAAAUUGCAACAGCAAAUUUUAGUAAGAAACUUGGGCAGGGAGGAUUUGGCUCAGUUUUUGAAGGUUCGCUUAGAGAUGGCACUAAGGUUGCAGUAAAAUGUCUUGAUGGAAUUGGUCAAGUGAAGAAAUCAUUUUUGGCUGAGGUGGAAAGUAUUGGUAGCAUUCAUCAUGUUAACUUGGUAAGAUUGGUAGGUUUUUGUGCAGAAAAAUCUCACCGACUUUUAGUUUAUGAAUUCAUGAGUAAUGGAUCUCUAGAGAAGUGGAUCUAUAGACAAGGCCAAGAAAUUGUCCUUGACUGGAAAUGCAGGAGGAAAAUAGUACUUGAUAUAGCCAAGGGGUUAACUUAUCUCCAUGAAGAUUGUAGACAGAAAAUUAUUCAUUUGGAUAUAAAGCCCCAAAACAUUCUUUUGGAUGAUAAGUUCAAUGCUAAGCUAUCUGACUUUGGGCUCUCCAAGCUAAUUGAUAGAGACCAAAGCCAAGUUGUUACCACUAUGAGAGGUACUCCUGGCUAUCUGGCUCCAGAGUGGCUCUCUGCAGUUAUUACAGAGAAAGUAGAUGUCUAUAGCUUUGGAGCUGUUGUGGUUAGCUUCCUGAGCAGGGUAAGGUUAAGAGAAGACAGAGGAGAAAUAGAACAGAUCUGAUCCGAGAGGGAAGAAGAGUGAGAGAGAGAGAGAAAGAAUGUAAUCUGAAAUAGAAUAAGAAUGAAUUGAUCUUCCAAAAACUGAUUAAACCGAUACAUCCUUCAGUUAUUUAUACAAGAUUGUGCUCAUGUGUAUGCAGACGUCCAGCUAACAGAAAAGAUCCCUUUCUAACUAACUCCUCCAGCUAGGAUGCCAACCUGGCCCAACUGACGAAUGACCUGCUUGGAUUU